AUGGCGGAUAUGGCAUGCUCCUUUUCCAGUGACUGGUCCAACACUCCUUCCGACGGUUCUUCAAGAAGCAACCGCAACUCCUCUUCAAGUGGAUCUUCUUUCCCUUCGCCAGAUGGCGUCCAGACCGUUGCCAAUGGCCAGGUUCAGGUCACCAACCCCGCCCGAACCAAUUUCCUCAAAUACUUCGAGACCGCUCCGCCAAAUUUUGUCGGCAACGCUGCGGUCGACUUGGACAAACUUGGAAUCGUCUUCCAAUAUGCAAAUCUCUUCUAUGUCGUCUAUGAAAAGACUCCCGACCCAGAAGCGGGCACCACAAGCCCAACGCUAGAGCGAGGAUGGCUGCAUUCGCCCACAAUCGGCACCUAUCUCCGCCAGGAGUGGAAUUCGCUUCCCAAGGAGCAGGUGGGCAAAUGCGGUCAUGGAUACUGCCCGACCGACAACAACCGGAAUGGAUGGUGGCGUGUGCACAGCAAGAUGAUGCAGCAAGUCCGGACUGGCUGCUUUAUCCGAGCUGUGCAGCUGGACGAUGAAGCGAUGGGCCGACAGCGACAUGGAAUCGAGUAUGCACGUUACCUGGGUUCUGAACUGGCAAGGGUAGUGGAUGCUCUGUAUGGUGUCAAGGCCGUCCAACAGGCUGCUUUGAACCGGGAGGCAGAUGCAUUGAUGAGUCAGUUUAUUGUUCCUGAAAUGCUAUAGCGUACCAUAUCGAGACGGAACUCCCGACCCAACGCUUUGCCCCUCGAUCAAUAAACUGCACAAUUAAAUGGGAAGUUGUAUUCAUGGAAGAUCGUUAUCCUUUUGUUCCACAAUACCCAAC